AUGCAGAAGCAAAGGGAACGGAAGGAGAAACUAAAGCACAAAGAUCCGGUGGAGUAUUACUUGCCCGACGUGGACGACGAAUCGCAAAACAUCACAGCCACAACCGUGAACCCGAAACUGUCGGAUUCAGCGUUUAAUUUCGAGUCGCCGGAUACGAACGGACCAUCGAGCGACCGGCAACCGGACAGAUUAGAUCAAGGUGAAGACAACGUGAAGAGGUUAAAUCAGCGGCACGAUGGCAAGGAAACGAAGACCUCGGACGACGCUAAGGUUCAAACUAUCGUAGAUCCAAUGAAAUAUGUCGUAACCGUGGAUGAAACAGUGGUUCCCGGAUCGAUCGACGAUAUUUUCAACGACUUUCAAUUUAUAGACCAGAAAAACGACAGAGUGGCCAACGACGUAAAGCCGUUGUACGAAGAAUUGAAGACGGUGUACGAUUGGAGCGACGAUCAAGUGAAAAUCAAGCCUAGAAUUAAAGGAGAUCAGAGGCUGCACUGCGAACCAAACGACAAAGUUCAUCCCGCGAUAAAUGUGAUCGUGGAAUCGCCCACGGAUCAAACGGAGGAUACGAAGCUUCACGAUCGAGAUAGAAUUUCAGCCCGGUCGCCCCGGGAACACGUCCAAAAUCUAGAUCGAGAGAAACAGACGAUAAUUAGCUCGAGGGAUCUACACGAGUCCUUCGUGGAGCCCUCGGGAUGGAUCGAUGAUCUCGACGAGGACGCCCUGGUGCGACUCAGCAGGGGAUUGAAGACCGUCGAACGCUUCGAUUCGAAUUCUAAUCUGUCGAGGAACGGGGAUCGAAACGGCGGAUCGUUGAACACGGCGGUUGGAGUGGGUCCAAUGGACGCGUCGUCCGCCGAAAUCGUUCGAACUGCAGGCGGCUCAUUAAAGGCUACCCUAAAACCCGAAACUUCGGAGCUCGGUUUUAUCGUGAAUCCAGCCUCGGACCUUCGCGGCUCACGGGAAGAGGACAAUGCUAGAGUCAGACGAGAAGCGACGUCUCGUUACGAAACAUUUUACGACGACGCGAACGAGCAUCUGCGUAAUUCCGAGAGCAUGGACUACAACCGGUAUCCAGAGGGCAGAGUCAAGAUGGACAAUCGUAUACAGCUUUCAAGCUCGCGCGGGCACGCCGACAGUCCCGAUGGAAUCUCGAGUUCGAACACCGACGUUGCUUACGACUAUUCGGAAAACCUACCGGAUUACGAUUACUACGCGAAGGUGGUCAGAAGCGCUAAGCCGAAGAAACGGGAGAAACAUAAGAAGAAGAAGAAGAAGAAGAAGAAGAAGAAACACAAGAAAAGGAAGAAGAGCAAGUCGAAGUAUUCAGGGGGCAGCAGGAAACGCAGACAUCGCAAGAAGCAGUCGAAUGAAUCGAAAACGAAGGAUCACGAUAGGAAGAAACAGAAGAAACGAGUGUCCAAGACCGUGAAUCAUCGCGCCAAUGUUAAGAAGAGUGGAACCGAUCAGAGCGCAGAGAAAGUUCAUGGCCAUAAUCAUCGGCAACCUUUGAACGAGAGAAAGAGGCAUCGCAAAGAAAUGGCUGGCCGCGAUAACGCGGACGGUCCGCAGAGAAAGAUGGCCUCGCUGCUUUUGGCGGCCGAUAACGUGGGAGACGAGUCGCAAAUGGACUCUGCUCUUCACGGAGAACUGCCGGGGAAGAUCGUGGAACAAAUAUUCAGUCAGGUGCAAAAGAACGAAGACCUGAAGGUGUCGCUGGGCCCUGGGCUUCACCGAAAUUACAAAACCGACGACGCUGUCGCGAAGAACAAGAGAUACAGACAGGCCCUCGAUGAAAACGAAACGAAGCACACGAAAGAGCUGAUGGACAAAGUUAUGCUGCUACUGAAUCGUCUGGUGUUCGACGAAGUCGAGAGGAAGACUUGCAUGUCUCUGCCACCGGAUUUGGUUCAGUUUCUGGAUUGGAUGUUGGAAGUCAAUCCAGGGGAAACUCCACAAGAACAGGUAUCCAUGAUUAUUAAUAGUUCUAUCGAAUUAAAUCUUAUGAUCGAAACUCCCCACGGUCACGACACAUUACCAUCGCUGCCACUGAUUCACUCGGUGGAACCCGUCGAACACUUUCCACGGGAAAAGUUCCUCUUCCAGGCUAACCGAGGCGAACGAGAGGAGGACAGCGACGUCGUCGAGAUGCAUAAGAAGCUUCGAUUAAUAGAAAGCCUGAUAAAAGAGUACAAAGCGCUGUCGGAAGCGGAGAAGUCGAAGGUUCAAUCAGUCCACGAUUACUUGGGGAAACAACUGGACGCGAUGCUGGAGUACGCCGAGGCGAAGCAAGAAACAGAAACGGAAGGGAAGUCGUCGUCGUUCCCGGGCCGAGCAUCCAGAGGGAACGCCGGGAGAAUUGUUCGGUAUCAAACGGGAACGAGGAACGCGACGAUCGGCGACGGUUUCACGGGGCCGGCGCGAUUUUCUUCGGCGGUGAGCGUCACGGACACGCUGAAAGUCGGCGACAAGAACUUCUUCGUGAACGGGAAUGACUUUCGCGACGGGCGCAGGGUUGCCAGAAGCGUGGACAAACGUCCAAAGCGGCGUAAAAAGCACCGCGCAAAAGGAAGACGUGAAAGGAACCACGGGAAGCGUCACAAAGGUGCAAGUACUAUUGAUCAGACGCGACACGAGGACGCUGUCCACAAAGCUGCUGCCUCGCGACAGAAGCGUCACUACUUGGACAGAGAUUUUUGGGCCUCGUUUCACUCGGGAUACGAGGCGCCGCUGAUCUAUAACUCUAUGGACAUGAUUAACGCGGAGCCGAGCAACGGCGAGCUUGAAAGGAUCCCGAGUUCCGGGGAUGAAGAUAGGAAAGAGUAUACGGAAGACGUACUCGUCAAAGAAUUAAAGGAAAUUGGAGAUCACUCGAGAUCGGAGACCAGUGAUUCGAUAAGCGAGAAGGAACCUGCAACGAUGAAGUGUACAACGGGGCAAGGUAAACUCGAGGUACUUGAGAUUAGAAAAGAAUAUAAUUCAAAUAGAAACGGUCUAACGGUAACGGAAGAGGAGCCGAUAACCGGGAAAAAUCAAGUGGAAGAUGAGAUACUGUUACUGAACAAACGACAGUCGUGGAAGAAGGUGAACGAGGAACAACUGGAGGAAGUGGCUUUCGGCGAGGACAUGAGGAAAGGGUUGAAGGAGAAGGAGCUGUUCGAGAGGCUGACCGAGAUCGACAAGGAGAGGAGCGCGUCGGAGUCGAGCGCGAGGAAUAACGGGAAGGACAAUGGUUCUUCGAUCAGUUCGAGCGCGGCGGAGGCCAAUGAUUUACGGGGGAAGCACGCGAGGGAUUACAGUCUCAAAGAUACUUAUUCAUCGGAUGAGGACAAACUCGGAAAUCUCGAAGAGAAGAUAAACGUUUAUUCGGAUAACGACCGCGACGCACGGAGGAAACAAGAAACGGGAGGCGAAAGGUGAAGAAAGUUACGAGGAGAGGCGACCGAGCCGACAAGUUCACCGGCAGCCAACCAGACCGCGAUAAAUUACAAGCUCAACUGAAAUGUUAAAGAG